AAGCUCGGGGCAGCAUUGAGCUCAAGCCAGCCGGCCGGGAACUAGGGAACAACCGCUAAAGUAACACAAGAAAGACAAACACGCGGCUGGCUUUUGCGUGAAGGCUUCAUUUGUUUUUGUUUUUAUCAAGUUCAUUUCUUUUUAGACAAAGUAGCCUGGAAAGGGCAACUGCACCAGCAAAGGGGAGGACGUGAUUUUGUUACAAGCCGAGCAGUGAAGCAGCACGGAUUCCUACUUGCUGUCUAACCCCAGAGUGUGUCGCCUAGCUAUGGUCAAUAUGGAGAUAAGUGGCAUGGAUUGCAGCACGAUGAAAGCCCUGCUGGCAGACAGAGCACACAAACUGCUCAUCCUGGACUGUAGAUCGUUCUUCUCCUUCAGUUCUGCCCACAUCCUGGGCUCCAGCAAUGUCAGGUUCAGCACUAUAGUCAAGAGGAGGGCUAAAGGCAGCAUGGGCUUGGAGCACAUUAUCCCCAACGAGGAGCACAGGGCCAGGCUGAUCGCUGGAUUGUAUGAGGCUGUGGUACUUCUGGAUGACAGGACCUACGAGCUAGACACCAUCAGAAAGGACAGCACCAUGAUGCUGGCUGUCAGUGCCCUGUGCAGAGACCCCCGAGGCAGCAGGAUCUUCUUCCUAAAAGGUGGAUAUGAAUCAUUUUCCUCGGAAUAUCCUGAAUUCUGCAGCAAAUGUUCUCCCCCGACUGGACUAAGCCUGCCCCUCAGUGCCAACAGUGUACCAGGCAGCGCCGAUUCCAACUGCACUCCCUGCGGCACCCCAUUAUACGAUCAGGGAGGACCAGUGGAAAUUCUGCCUUUUCUCUACCUGGGAAGUGCAUAUCAUGCAUCCAGAAAAGAUAUGCUGGACACCCUUGGCAUUACCGCCCUGAUCAACGUGUCUGCCAACUGCCCUAAUCACUUUGAGGGACACUACCAGUACAAGAGUAUCCCAGUGGAGGACAGCCACAAAGCAGACAUCAGCUCCUGGUUUAAUGAAGCCAUUGACUUCAUAGAUUCUGUGAAGAAAAAUGGUGGCAGAGUGUUUGUGCACUGUCAAGCUGGUAUUUCACGUUCUGCUACUAUCUGCCUUGCUUAUUUGAUGAGGACUAAUCGUGUAAAGCUGGACGAAGCUUUUGAGUUUGUCAAGCAGCGAAGAAGCAUCAUUUCCCCAAACUUCAGCUUUAUGGGACAGCUCCUUCAGUUUGAAUCUCAAGUUCUAGCACCUUCAUGUUCAGCAGAGGCUGGCAGUCCCACAAUAUCAGUUUUGGACAGAGGAACAUCCACUACUACGGUCUUUAACUUCCCAGUUUCUAUCCCUGUUCACCCUGCAGCAAGCUCGCUGAGCUACCUACAGAGUCCUAUCACUACAUCACCAAGUUGCUGAGGUGGUACAAGCUAAAGCAAAUGGGACUGUGUUAUACAAAGUGCAAUAAUUUUUAAGAACUCUUAAUGAGUAAUUUUUUUUUUUUUUUUUGUCACUUUUAAGCCAUCAUCGUCAUCCAGGCGUGACGUGUUUGCAAGCAUAUGAACUGGUGAAACCACAUAUAGCUUAAAACUGACUUGACAUUUUAAAACUUUGAGUGUCUGUCCUAACCACUAAGGAUUUCAAAAAAGACAGGUCACCAUUGCCUUUUUACGUCUGAUUUUUGUUUGUUUAUAACCUCCGUUUAAGGGAGGUUCGACAGUAUUUCCAUUCCUGAAUUUAUUUUUAUUUUUUUGUACUGGUGAAAGUGAAAGAGAGACUGCUGCCUAUAAACUGUAAAAACAAAAUGUACGUCCUAUUAUUUAUUUUACAAGCUUCGUCCUGCCUUCAGAAGUCUAAGAUUUCAGCUUUUUUUUUUUUUUUUUUUUUUUUUUUUUUUAAACGAAGCAAAGGAGAAAUACCUCAGUAUUUUUUUUUGGUACUGUAAUUCCUGUUUGUAAUUCAAGACCAGCUUCAGUUUCCAAAGCACUGAUGAAAAAAAAAGCACUAGGCCGAAGCCUUCUGAGUUUGCUGACGACUGUAUAUAUGCUAUGAUUUUAUUUAUGAUGCAAAAUAAUAUAUUUCUUCUCCUGGGAGAAGACUUUUUAAUACAAAACUAUGACCUUUUUUAUACAGAAUAGAAUAAAUUAUGACUUUGUACUUAA